AAUAUCUUCAGAGGGCAAAGGAGCAGAAUGUCAAGUCAGCGAAGGAUUCCGCUGUUGAUGAAGUGCAAUAUGCAGUGCCUUUGAAGCGAGAGCCUUCCCCUGCAACUCCCGCUCCGAGCGAACUUGAGCGUCCAUCCGAACUACCAGUAAAACUUGAAAUCGAGCAGACUACGUUAGAUCAGGAUGACUUAGCGCCACUCCGAGAUACCGUAAAAGCUGAGCCAAAGACUGAGGAGUCUGAAGGUUGCCUGUAUACCUCAAGAGAGAGCAUUGCCCUCGAAAAGGCUGUACCGAUGGAAGUUGACAGUGACUCGGAACAUGGGACAUCUGUUGCGUUCUCCGCUGCUUCAAAUGUUGAAAAUGUUAGGAGUACAUCUGUCAUGGAGAUGAACGCCAGAGAACUGAGUGCGCAUGAGGAGGAAACAGGAUUUCAAGUGUUUCAAGAUAAGGUUGACGGAACGUCGACUGAUGACCUAAGCUCGGGAGUGGAGAUAGGAGCAGCGGCAGCGGAGAGAGAAACAAUCAGGAACUUUGGUAAUAGCGGCAAGGAAGAAAUGAGCCAAUAUCUGGAUAUGGUGCAAUCCGAAGUGCUUCAAACAGAAAAUGUUACCGUCGUAGAAAGUAGGGAAAGAAGAGAAAAAACGGUCGAUGCCGAAAUGGAUGUCAGGAGUCGUAGCGUUUUGCCUGUGAAAAACCUGCAGCGAAGCAGUAGCGCAACAGUAACAACGUUAAGCGAACUUGUUGGAGAACAGCACGGUAGUAAAGAAGAGAGCAAUCAAGAACGCAUAAAGCCUCAACCGCAGAACAUGUCGUCUUCCGCCAAAUUGACGCCAUCGAAGGAGUCUCGAGCAGCGCAUACAAAGACGCCAAAGAAGGAAGCGGCUUCCGAGCGUCCCUCUACUUCAUCUAGCCCUAUCAGCUCAGCAAUAAAACGGCCAAAAUUGAAGAAUGAGACGCCGGAGAAGCAGAAUUCGAAGUCGUUUUCACCACAACGGGAUUCAAGCAUAACUAAUGCUUCUCGAAACUUGGAAGGAACAAAGAAGCAUCAUCACAAAAAUAAGGAGGAGAAGACUGUUGGAAAAAGCGAGGAUAGUCAGUUGCAUUCUGUACAGCCUAGCACAUCUGCGCUGCACGUAAAUGGCAAUAGCUCGGCUGUCCAAAACAGUAACGCAGAAAGCAGAGCUACGGAGAGCGGUGCGAAAUGCAAGGUGGAGAAUGGGCACUCGCAUUCUGAGGGUAAAGAGUCGAAACACGACAAGAAGGACAAAUUGCCUAGAAUCUCAAACAAGUUUCGAAAGUUUGUCGUCGUUGACACACAUCCGAACGGUGGAGCCUCGAUCUUGCGCACAGAUUGGAAUAAUAUCCGGAAACAUUUUGAUGCGGAGGAGAGGAUAGAGUUCGCUAAACAAUUCAUACGAUUAGGAUUAGCGGAGUCUAAUGGAGUGCCCGUUUUCGUGAUUGGCAUUCUCGAAAAUGCAGCGUCUUAUCUGGCGGUACGUCUUUACAUCAGAUGUAUUCCAAUACAUGCACGAGAAACAUCCACACUUACCGGUGAAGGCAAGUUUUUUUGUCGUUUUCGUUCGCCAUAA